UUCGGGACGGCACCAUAUAUUACCUUGUGUGAGUCGCCUUAAUUCUGUGUAUUAUCUCGCCCUACACGUCCAACACAUUCCUCGGAGUCAUGGUGACUGUCUGGCUAUCCGCAAUAUUGUCAUUCUCGGUAACGACGUUCUCUACGCACUUCUGUGUCAUUCGCACCGUUGACUUGAAGAUAAUUUCCCCAGGGCGCUCACCUCCUUCUCAGCCUCCGCGCUCUCGCCGCAGAGCGCGAACGACUGGACAUUGCCACACCGGACAUAUCCGAAGACGUGCCAGAGAUCAGCCAAGGCCUGAGCAUCCCCGACACCGACGCUCAGCGGUCGCCACUGGAGAUUCACGAGCUCAUGCCCCGCCUGCCGCAGCCCGCCCGUUCCCUUCGACGGCCUGUGACAGACCGUCGGACGCAAGAAUCCCGACGUCAACAAUUGAGCAGGAAUCCAACUUGGUUACAGGACUGGGAGUGCAUAUAGUGAUCUACAUUUACUGACAGUGAUACCGAACUUUUCUUGAACACCAGCGGAACUGCUGUUUACACGUAUAAUCGUCGUAAUGCUACUAUCCUGAUACGAAUGCUUUCGCCAUCAUGUUGCUCGAUCGCUCAACCUACUUAUGUAUCAUACCAUACUUUUUUGAGGCUGCCCCACUAGUAGUCAAUAACACGAGACAGUUGCUAGACGGACUACGUACCAC